AUGGCAGUUACUGUAUUCCCUACCCGGUACGAAGAGACCAGUGAUGGUUGGAUCCGCCAGCCUGACGACCAACAAAUCACCAGUGUUCUCCAUCAACAUGUUCUCGAAACCAAGGACGAGUUCGUCAUCAGUUCGUUCGACGCCAACGUGAUGAAUUUGAGGAUCACGACUGGCACGAAGUACGACCUCAGCACUUGGAAGUGCACCCCUGAUCCCGACGCUCUCAAAUUCGAGUUUAUUCCAAACAGCGGCCGUGACCGUACUCUGAAAACUCGCAUUCACCAUGGCCAAGUUCAAGUCUGCCUGGAGGGCAAGUGGAUCCUCAUGACCGACUAUCUCGAGGCAGAGUCCAAGAAGGAUGAAUGGAACCCGAACAACCAUGCUAACACUUGUUACUACAAGGAACCUUUCAUCUUUGAAAAGGCUAUCGAAGCUCAACGCAAGUGGUGGGAUGCAAACAACAAGUUUUUCCCUUUCCUCGAGUUGCCAGCCGAGUUGAGAGAGGUCAUCUACCGCCAUGCCGCUCCUCAAGAUGCCAUCGAACCAUACCCUCGUCAUCGUAUGCGCGGCCAUGGGAUCCCACACAUCAGUGAUCGCAACGACAUGGUGUACAACAUGCUCAGAUGCAACAAGAUUGUCUCGGAAGGAAUGCGCGCCUACAUGUUCAGACAUCUCCCCCUACUCAUCAAUCACCAACACCUACUCAAGAAGACUCUGCGCCGCAACAUCGACUUCCCUCGCGAUUUGCUUACCAAACUUACCCUGGCCUUGCCUACCCACAAGGAUUACAUCGAACUCUUCGGCCUCAACGCUCGAGACGUCAACACUGACGAGACUAUCACCAUCGAGGGCAAGGGUCCGACAGCUUCCUCGCUCUGUCGUGAUCAACUGCGCUUCAUCAAGAGAUUUGAAAUCGUCAUUCCAUCUCGUGAGGUGCUCGAUAAGAAGUUUGUCAACUACUGCCAGACUCACGCAGCCACCAUGCUUCUCGAGAUCAUGUGGCCCUACAUCCAAGGUCAUCCUGUCAUCAUCAGCGGCAUGGUCAAGAAGUGGCAGAAGAAACAUUGGGAGCAGAAAUUCGCGCAAGCUCACAAGGAAUAUGAAGAGAGCAUGGCCGAUACCGAAGACGGUGGUGUUGGCAUCACUCAAGAGGAUCUCGACAAGUACGAAGGAAAGGCUGAACACAACGAGUAUGAUGAGGAAGGCAAGUGCUGCGAUUGCAAGAAGGAAUGCUGUCUUCUCCAUUAUGAGGAGCCUGAGGAGGAAUUUGAGUAUCACCUUCCUUUCUUGUGUCAGUGCGAUCCUCCUUGCUUGCAUGGCGAGUGGACCGAUGAAGAUCGCGUCAAGGACAAGGGCGAGGAUUGGGCGAACAACAGCACUCUUUGA